AUGGCGGCCCCAACACAGAAACCGGAAACAUUCAUGCUCUCUCCGGAGGCACAACAAGCGCUGCCACACGAUGCUCAGGUAGCUUUGCAGCAAGUUGACAAUUUGAAGUACUUCCUUCUUUCAGCCCCCGUUGACUGGCAGCCCGACCAAUACAUCCGUCGCUUCCUCCUCCCCACCGGCGAGUACAUCUCGUGCGUCCUAUGGAAUAACCUCUUCCACAUUUCCGGCACCGACAUUGUCCGCUGCCUCUCAUUCCGUUUCCAGGCCUUCGGCCGCCCCGUAAAGAAUGCCAAGAAGUUCGAGGAGGGCAUCUUCUCCGACCUGCGGAACCUGAAGUCCGGCACAGAUGCGUCCCUUGAAGAGCCCAAGAGCCCCUUCCUCGAUUUCCUGUACAAGAACAACUGCAUUCGCACGCAGAAGAAGCAGAAGGUGUUCUACUGGUACAGCGUGCCCCAUGACCGACUUUUCCUCGAUGCGCUGGAGCGCGAUUUGAAGAGAGAAAAGGCCGGCCAGGAGCCGACUACGGUCGCUGUUGCCGAGCCGGCGCUAUCGUUCAAGUACGACUCGUCGCAGUCGCUCUAUGAGCAACUCACCAAGGCCCAGCAGGCCAACUCGUCGGCUUUCAGCCUGCACCAGCUGUUUGGCACCAUGUCUUCUGGCCCGAUCGGUUCGAUGGCCCCUCCUCCGCCGAUGUCGAUCCCCCAGUCGAUCGCGCCCCCGAUGCCCCAGACGAUGCCCCCUUUAUCGGAUGGGAUGGACGCCAUGGUUCCCUACAACAACAUGAACACUAUGAACAAUAUGGCGGUAGCUCCCUCCAUCCCUCCGGCCACCCAAGCCGUAAUCAAGCGGGAGCCUGAUUACCAGCGUGUGCAGUACAAUCAGAAUGGUGUUCCCAUCCAAGGUCACCAGCGCCAUGCGUCCAUGCCGGCCUAUGGUCUGGAGUACUCGCCAGCUCCCUCGUUCGUGUCGUCGCACUUCGACGACUACAGCCAGCGCGGCAUGUCGUUCGAGCCCAUGACCCCUCCUCAGCAGGCCCUCUCCAUUCCCGGUGAGCCUGCUUACAUUCCCAACGAGGAGACCGGUCUUUACAGCGCCAUCCCCAACCACAUGGAUCCUGUUGGUGCCCUGAACGGCAUUAACAUGCUUCCUCCUUCCAACCUGGCUGCUCCGGCGUUCUCUCGCCCCUACACCAGCGGUCUUUAUUCCGCUGUUAUUGAGGGCUCGCCGACCUACAAGCAGCGCAGGAGGCGUUCGUCUAUUCCCCCUUCUCUGUCGGCUGCCAACGGUGUCAUGGGUGCCCCAACGUCUGUGCAGCUCCGGCCUGACCUUCGGAGAUCCGUGUCUGCUUCGGUAGGCCCGGUUCCGGAGGAGGAAUCUGAGAACUCUCCUCCCAGUCUGACCUACACCAACUCGGCUGCGUCGGUCGCUCAUCAAAACGACAUGUCGCGUCAUGGCACCCCUCUUCCCACGAUCGAGGGCAGCCCCUCGCUGGAGCCUGUUCCUGUGACGCAGCAGGAUUAUUCUCCCAUCCCGACCAGUGACAUGGGCCAGAUGGGCGAGCAGCGGCCUAUCCUCCAGGGCGGCCCCAUGGUGCGCCGAGCUCGCUCGGCUACUGUGAUGGAGCUGGGCCCCUACCCGCAGAAGACACACUGCUGCCCCAUCCCAACCUGCGGACGUACAUUCAAGAGACUUGAACACCUUAAGCGACACGUGAGAACACACACCCAGGAAAGGCCCUAUGUUUGCCCUUACUGCAGCAAGGCAUUCUCCCGCUCCGACAACCUGGCACAGCACAAGCGGACUCAUGAUCGCGGUGAUGGUGCCGAGGGCAGCGUCAACUCGGGUGAGGAAGAGGAGCAGUACUCUGGCGAAGACCCCGUUGACGAUGCUUCGCCGACAUCCGAGACCAGCGCUUACGUCACCGGUUCGAUUGACUCGGCCGUCAACGGCAACAGCAAUAACAGCAACGCUACCGGCAACUCCAACGGGGCACCCACCUCUAGUGGUCCAAGCACUAGCACAUCCAUGCCCCAGACAACGCAAACGUUCAAUAGCCUGCAGACGCUUAGCAUGCCGAUGCAGAUCAGCCAACCACAGCCCAUUAAUGCGGGCGCGAUGGUUUAA